UGAGGCGCACCGUCGGCUGUACGUUGGAGGACCGCCGGCGUGUAGGUAUGGGCAGACCGGAGUAAAGAUGGCGGCGGCUGCUGCGUGAAGUCUCCGGCGCAGUUCUGAUGACCCUGGUUUUCCCUCAGUUCCGGCCCAUGUGGUGAGAGUUGGGAGAGAGCGGAGCUUGUCACUUGUGGUGUUUAUCGCUAUGAAAGUAAAGGUUUUGUGUAGAAAUCCCGACGAUUAUGUGCGGGAAACCAAAAAGGAUCUCCAAAGGGUUCCUCGAAACUAUGACCCCUCACUCCACCCAUUUGAAGUACCUCGUGAGUAUGUCAGGGCACUAAAUAGCACCAAACUGGAGCGAGUGUUUGCCAAGCCAUUUGUUGCCGCUUUGGAGGGACACAGAGAUGGAAUCAACUGUAUGGCUAAACAUCCCAAGAGCCUAUCCACAGUGCUGUCAGGAGCCUGUGAUGGAGAGGUGAAGCUGUGGAAUCUGGCCACACGUAAGUGCACCCGAACAAUCCAGGCACAUGAAGGCUUUGUCCGAGGGCUUUGUGUUCGUUUCUGCGGUACCUCCUUUUUUACAGUUGGCGAUGACAAGACAGUGAAACAGUGGAAGAUGGAAAGCCCGGGUUACGGAGAGAAGGAGGAGCCUAUACAUACAAUACUGGGCAAGACUGUGUACACAUGCGUGGAUCAUCACUGGAGGGACCCUGUCUUUGCCACAUGUGGGCAGCAGGUGGACAUCUGGGAUGAACAGCGGACCAGUCCCAUCAGAUCCUAUUCCUGGGGAGUAGACAGCAUUUCCAGCAUCCGGUUUAACCCCAUUGAGACACACAUUCUAGGAAGCUGUGCUGCUGACAGAAGCAUUGUCCUGUAUGAUAUGCGGAAACCUACACCAUUGAAAAAGAUUAUUCUAGAAAUGAGAACAAAUGCGAUUUGCUGGAACCCUAUGGAAGCUUUCAUAUUUACAGCCGCUAAUGAGAACUACAAAUUGUACACCUAUGACAUGCGGCACAUGGACACUCCUAUUAAGGUGCACAUGGACCAUGUAUCCGCUGUCCUGGACGUGGAUUACUCCCCCACCGGGAAGGAAUUUGUGACUGCCAGCUUUGAUAAAUCCGUUCGUAUCUACCCAGUGGAAAGUGGGCACAGCAGGGAAGUUUAUCACACAAAGAGGAUGCAGCACGUCACCUGUGUCAGGUGGUCGGCCGACAACAAGUACAUCCUGUGCGGGUCGGACGAAAUGAACAUCCGUAUAUGGAAAGCCAACGCUUCUGAGAAACUUGGCCUGUUAUCUCCACGAGAGAGGGCCGCACAGAACUACAACCAGAAGCUAAAGGAGAAAUUCCAGCAUCAUCCACAGGUCAAGAGAAUUGCACAACACAGACACCUCCCCAAAGCCAUAUACAGCCAGAUAAAGGAACAGCGCGAAAUGAGGGAUUCUCGCCGUAAGAAGGAGUUGAAUCGACGCAAACACAGCAAAAAGGGCGCAGUGCCAGUCGUGCCGGAGAAGAAGAAAUCUGUUAUUGCUGUGGUGGAGUAAAGUUGUGUGCAGGCGCACAAGUGCGUCAUUAUGUUGAUAGGUUGUACAGUGUCCCUCAUUUUUUUAUUUUUUUUCCUUCUCUAAUCGUGAGAUCUCUAGUGGGAUACAAAGAUAUCUAUUUGUUGUAUCCAUGAGAGACUAGAGGAGUUUACUGUGGCGAUGACCCCUUCGGUUAUACGCAAUAUUAUGUAAAGUGUAUAUGUUUUUAUGGUUAUUAAGAACACUUCCAGGAAAUAAAAAUGAACUAUUUAAGUA